CGGCGCGGGUUGGCCAAGGAGGCAGAGGCCCCUCGCGGAGCGGGCUCUGGAGACCUAAACUCCGGCGGGGCUGCGCCCAGGACGCGUUCUAGCGGCGCUGCAGCCGCCCUCCUGUGUUCAACUGAACUGGCUGUGGGACUGACUCCUUCUGUCCGCCCGGGCGGCAGCAACUACCUUUGCCGACGGAAGAGCGCCGGGCGCGGCUGCAGCAUCCCCAGCCCCGGCGGGACUACUGAGCGCCGAGCCGGCGUCUGGAGCUGGAAGGGAGGAAGGUCGCUGCGCCCGUGGUGAACGCGUUCCCCGGCGCCCGGCCUCCCGUGCUGGCCCAGUCCUUGCCCCGAGUGCACUGUGCGGGUUUCUAACAAUGGUGCGGAGCGCCGGCGCGAACCCCGCGUCCGCCCAGCGGUCGUAGAGGAAGUGGCCCGGCUCCGGGUGGGGUGAGCAGGGAGACGCCCCCCGCCACUCGCUUGCUGGAGUUUGCCUGCGCACCGGGCCUCUCCGGCUCCGAGCCGCGGGCUUCCCUGCUGAUCUCCGACGGCAGUUCUAUACGGGGAGUAUGGUGCCAGCGCCCGGGUUAAUCUAGUAGUCGGCUCGCUCCCUUUUUCCUCCUCUCCGCCCUCCUUUACCGCCUGUCGGUGCUGCCUCUGGGUUCCCGGCGUGUGGGAGUCUAACUCUCCGCCUUUGCAAGGAGAUUGCUUUGUGACCACCUAACCGAACCUGCCCAUUGAAAGCCAACCCAGAACAGCUGGAUAAUGUCCACUCCAAGCAGAUUCAAAAAGGACAAAGAGAUCAUAGCCGAAUAUGAAAGUCAAGUCAAAGAAAUUCGAGCUCAACUGGUAGAACAACAAAAAUGCCUGGAGCAGCAAACGGAGAUGCGAGUUCAGCUCCUGCAGGACCUGCAAGAUUUCUUCCGGAAGAAAGCCGAAAUUGAGACAGAAUACUCUCGGAACCUAGAGAAGUUAGCAGAAAGGUUCAUGGCAAAAACAAGAAGCACUAAGGAUCAUCAGCAGUACAAGAAAGACCAGAACUUGUUGUCUCCAGUGAACUGCUGGUAUUUGCUCCUGAACCAAGUGAGGCGAGAAAGCAAAGACCAUGCAACCUUGAGUGACAUCUAUCUGAACAAUGUGAUUAUGAGGUUCAUGCAGAUAAGCGAGGAUUCCACCAGGAUGUUUAAAAAGAGCAAAGAGAUUGCAUUCCAACUUCAUGAGGAUUUAAUGAAGGUUCUUAAUGAGCUGUACACGGUGAUGAAAACGUACCACAUGUAUCAUACAGAGAGCAUCAGUGCGGAGAGCAAGCUGAAAGAGGCCGAGAAACAGGAAGAAAAGCAAAUCGGGAGAUCCGGCGAUCCAGUCUUUCAUAUCAGACUAGAAGAGAGACAUCAGCGGCGAAGCUCUGUGAAGAAAAUCGAAAAAAUGAAAGAAAAGAGACAAGCAAAGUAUUCAGAAAAUAAGCUAAAGUCAAUUAAGGCGCGGAAUGAAUAUCUCCUAACCCUUGAAGCAACCAAUGCCUCAGUUUUCAAGUAUUAUAUUCACGAUCUUUCAGAUUUAAUUGAUUGCUGUGAUCUUGGCUACCAUGCAAGUCUGAACAGAGCCCUAAGAACAUAUCUCUCUGCGGAGUAUAACCUUGAAACCUCCAGGCAUGAAGGCUUAGACAUUAUUGAGAAUGCGGUUGACAAUUUGGAGCCCAGGAGUGAUAAGCAGAGAUUCAUGGAGAUGUACCCUGCUGCCUUCUGUCCACCAAUGAAGUUCGAGUUUCAGUCUCACCUAGGUGAUGAGGUGUGUCAAGUCAGCGCUCAGCAGCCGGUCCAGGCAGAGCUCAUGCUCAGGUACCAGCAGCUGCAGUCCCGACUGGCCACUCUCAAAAUCGAGAAUGAGGAGGUUAAGAAGACGACUGAAGCCACCUUGCAGACGAUACAAGACAUGGUCACCAUCGAAGACUAUGAUGUUUCUGAAUGUUUCCAGCACAGUCGCUCCACAGAAUCUGUGAAGUCCACUGUCUCGGAGACCUACCUGAGUAAGCCCAGCAUUGCCAAGAGAAGAGCAAACCAGCAGGAGACUGAGCAGUUCUACUUCAUGAAACUCAGAGAAUAUUUGGAAGGUAGUAAUCUCAUCACAAAACUUCAAGCCAAACAUGACUUGUUGCAGAAGACCCUUGGAGAAGGUCAUAGAGCAGAGUAUAUGACUACAAGGCCUCCAAAUGUUCCCCCUAAGCCCCAGAAACACAGGAAGUCCAGACCCCGCUCACAAUAUAAUGCUAAGUUGUUUAAUGGGGAUUUGGAAACAUUCGUCAAGGACUCAGGACAGAUUAUCCCCCUCAUUGUGGAAAGUUGUAUUCGGUUCAUCAAUCUCUAUGGUCUUCAGCACCAGGGGAUUUUCAGAGUGUCUGGUUCCCAGGUGGAAGUCAGCGACAUUAAAAACUCAUUUGAGAGAGGUGAAAAUCCUUUGGCUGAUGACCAGAGUAACCAUGAUAUUAACUCAGUUGCUGGUGUUUUGAAGCUCUAUUUCCGUGGGCUGGAAAACCCCCUCUUUCCUAAGGAAAGAUUUAAUGAUCUGAUUUCUUGUAUCAGAGUCGAUAAUCUCUAUGAGAGGGCGCUUCACAUCCGCAAGCUCCUUCUGACCUUGCCCAGGUCGGUCCUUAUAGUGAUGAGGUACCUCUUCGCCUUCCUCAAUCAUCUUUCACAAUACAGUGAUGAGAACAUGAUGGACCCUUAUAACCUGGCCAUUUGCUUUGGCCCAACAUUGAUGCCCGUCCCAGAAAUACAGGAUCAAGUGUCUUGCCAGGCUCAUGUGAAUGAAAUCGUCAAAACCAUCAUCAUCCACCAUGAGACUAUUUUCCCAGAUGCCAAAGAGCUGGACGGCCCUAUUUAUGAGAAAUGUAUGGCUGGAGAUGACUACUGCGACAGCCCGUACAGUGAGCACGGCACCCUGGAGGAAGUGGACCAGGACGCUGGCACGGAGCCCCACACCAGUGAAGAUGAAUGUGAGCCAAUAGAAGCCAUAGCCAAGUUCGACUACGUUGGGCGAUCCGCCAGAGAACUGUCCUUCAAGAAGGGCGCGUCCCUACUGCUGUAUCACCGUGCCUCUGAGGACUGGUGGGAAGGCAGGCACAACGGGAUCGACGGGCUUGUGCCUCACCAGUACAUAGUGGUGCAGGACAUGGAUGAUACGUUUUCAGACACUCUGAGCCAAAAAGCUGACAGUGAGGCUAGCAGUGGGCCAGUCACGGAAGACAAGUCUUCAUCCAAGGACAUGAACUCCCCGACAGACCGACAUCCUGACGGCUAUCCGGCCAGACAAAGAAAAAGAGGAGAACCGCCCCCUCCAGGAAGGCGUCCUGGUAGAACCAGUGAUGGUCAUUGUCCCCUCCACCCCCCACAUGCUCUUUCCAACUCCUCCAUUGACCUGGGGUCCCCAAACCUGGCCAGUCACCCCCGGGGCCUGCUGCAGAGCCGUGGCCUCAACAACGACAGUCCGGAGAGGAGGCGCCGGCCAGGCCACGGCAGCCUGACCAACAUCAGCCGGCACGACUCCCUCAAGAAGAUCGACAGCCCCCCUAUUAGAAGGUCCACAUCGUCAGGGCAGUACUCAGGCUUCAGUGACCACAAGCCACUGGACCCAGAGACCAUUGCUCAGGAUAUUGAAGAGACAAUGAACACUGCUUUGAAUGAACUCCGAGAACUGGAAAGGCAGAGUACGGCGAAGCACGCCCCGGACGUGGUUCUGGAUACCUUAGAACAAGUCAAAAACUCUCCCACCCCAGCCACCUCCACAGAAUCUCUCAGCCCUUUGCACAAUGUUGCCCUCAGGAGCUCAGAGCCUCAGAUUCGACGAAGCACUAGCUCCUCCAGUGACACCAUGAGCACUUUCAAACCUAUGGUGGCGCCCAGAAUGGGCGUGCAGCUGAAGCCUCCAGCCCUGAGGCCAAAACCUGCAGUUCUUCCAAAAACAAACCCGACCAUAGGACCUGCGCCUCCUUCCCAGGGUCCAACAGACAAGUCUUGCACAAUGUAAAGACCACUGAGCAAGGUCAGACAAGGAGGUGAUUAAAAAAAGAAAAUGGAUUAGUGACAGACGUCAAUGAUCCAUACCUUCCCUUAGUUUUGUGCUUAUAACUGGAGAUCUGGCUUUUCUAUGUUCUCAAAUGUAACAUCCGAGACUAGCUAAGGUAACACGGGCAUUUGUAUUUUGUAAUUUCUUUUUUUUAAAUGACUGGACAUACGUCAUUUUAAAGACAAUAGACACACUUAGACUUACUUGAAAAUUCAAUGCUGCACCAUGUGUGAUGAAGGCAACCCCGCUGCACCCCCCGCAUUGUACUGUGCAGUGCUUCAGGGGUCGGGUAGCCCGGGCGGGUCAGAAACGUCAGCCCAGAGGCACGAGGAUCUGAGCCCCAGACUAUGGAGUGUAACCGGCGCUGGUCUGUGGCACUUGGGGCAACGGCUAAAGGCCAUAAUGGCAGUGUGUGGUAGCUGACAGUGAGCGCCUCUGACUCCAUGCAGGGGGCGGGGCUCAGCUCAAGCUAAAGACUUGCAGUUGUCACAGUGGGACGGACAUGCCCAGUGGGCUCUUCAGCUCACAGCCGGAAUGAUCGGAUGAUUGCCUCUGUCCCAGUAAGUCAUUUCCCUGGGUCCAGGUUAAAGACUAGCAGAAAAAGGUAAAACCUCUAUAGUUACUGCUUGAACUAAACCUGGGAAAGGAGAGAGAGAGAGGGAGACAGUCCUCCAGAGCUGUCGAUAUGACUCCUUCUACGGGCCUGACCGGGCCCCAGAAGAUUUCCGACUCCAUCCCAUGCAUUCACGAAGGACUAGAACAGUCUAGUUUUAAAGAAUUUCUGGUUACACUACUCCACAAACUCCUUCUGAGAUCUAUGGUUAUAACUGCCUAGACAAUGUUUCCAGCUCCCUAAACCCCCGUGUUCUCCUCCGUGAGAAUGGAGACCGCAGAUGCACACAGGUCCUCCGUUCACUCCGCUUUCUCUUCUCCUGCCCGAAUGGUCUUGGCUCCUUUGAGCCUGCUGCAGAGUCCGGAUGAUCCUGCACCAAACGCCCACCUUUCCUCUCCUCUUGGCUCUUUGAGCCAACCUAGAACGGGCCAUGGUACCGGCGUGGGAGCCAUGCCGGCCCCAGCAGGAGGAUCACCUCAUGGUUCCAGGAUCGUUUCCUCCCAACUUUGUACCUUGGAGCCAUGACCACUUUUUUCUUCACUUUUCUUUUCACAUGUGGUCUCUGUGUAACUAACACAGUCACCCGGCCCCGUGAGGGCCCUCUUUCUCUGACACCAUGCAUAUAGGCAGUUUUUCUUUAGCCCAUAUUUAUGCUUUAUUUUUUCUAUCUUAAAAAGGUUGCUUUGAAUGUGGUUGUUUUCACUAAGGUACAAAUCACCACUCUCCCACCAGCAGUGGCUUCUAUCAUCUGUAAACCUGUGAGCAUUUAAUCUAGUCUGUCAUUGAACUUACUCAUGAAGAGACCUUUCUGUUUUUUAAGAUAAACGGAUGGCCAGAACUAACCUCUCUGGACCACCACUGAUUUCCUUCUAAAUUUGGUUUCAAACUUCCAGGCAGUUGCAUGGCCACCUAAGAAUUACACAGUGUGGACCUUAUCAGCCCACUCGUGAGUGCCGCGUGCAGGAAAGGAUAAGGAUCUGGACCGGAGUCAAGAUCAUGACUUUGAUAUCUACCUCAGUUUGCCAGGCUGAUCAUUCUGACGCAAACAGAGACUAAACUAAUGAGAUAGUUACCUUUCAAAGUCACACUGCUGGUUGCUUGCCUAAACCCUAAUUUCACUAAUGUAUCGGAUAGUGACUUUUUUCCCCUAUCCAGGAAUGGUAUUUUCCAGGAAUGGUAAGCUUUUAAACCUCUUAAUUUUCAGAACCAGCUUUUUUGCCCAUCUUGAAAAAGAGGCCCCGCUCAGCAUAUUGUCCAGCCCCUCGCCAUUCCCUUGGGCGUCAGUGGUCCCUCAGCACCUGGGGCACAAGGAGACCGCCAAGACGAAACUGCGAACAGCACUAACCCUUCUAAACACUCUUCCCAGAUUCCCUAGGAAAUUUAAACUUUCCUAAAUAAUCUCCCAGUUUUUUCUGGAUUCCACUUUGGUUUCUCUCUGUCGCUCUGUGGGGGAACAGGAGCAAAGAACAAAGGUGGAAGUAAUAGAGGAGGAAGGGAAACUUUAAAUCUUUUAGAAAUUAAAAAGGAUUUUUAGAAACCAUUUUCCAUCUUUGAUGAAGUGUAAUAUGUUAAUGAAGGGUAUCAAAAAGUGGGAGAGGAGGGUCUUUUAUAAGCUUUAACUAUAACUUUUCAGGUUUUACCCCAGGCUCAAUUCUUCAGACCUUCCCUUGGUAAUCCUCCCCAUGUCUUCUCCCUGUUUGCGCCUGUGAUGAAUGAGGGUCAUGAAUGAGGGUGGCCUUUCCACCACCACGGCAGGACUCGGCUGCCUGGGACGGCGGAGGACUCGCUCCUCUGAACCCUCGGAGCCUCAGAGGCUGUGCCUUCUGGGAAACAGCUCCUAAUAACUGCCCCAUCGCUUCAUCACUUUACCUGUCUCUAGCUUUUCCCUCUAAACCCCUGUUGUCAUCCUGAGGCUUUUUUCCCCCAAUUCCCAGGGAAGGAUGUGACUCAUGGUGAGUAAGGACUCAGUAGGGACUCACCUGCCCUUACUGUUUAGUAAAAGUCUUCAGAUUCCAGGCAUAAGACAAGGUGGCCACUUUACAAAAUACCCAAACUCACACCUGCUCAGCUCAUUAAAAGCUGCAUUAGCUUAGAGGAUUUACCUGGCACGUGGCCCGCCUUACCUCCACAGAUGUUGCACAAGCAGGGUUGGGGGAAGGCACAGGGAAUGGAGAGAUAAUGCCUGCAGUUCUGGGACCUUGGCAGCCCUCCUGUGCAGUUUGGAAACGGGGUCAUGUUGAUGAUGGGGAAAUGCUGGUUCUACAGAAAUGACCUGAUUCCACUCACAAAAGAAUAUGUAAUCACAGUUCAUGUCACUGGAUGUUCAUGUCCCCUCCAUUGAGCUCACUGAAGGAGUUUCACCAAGUUGGCCUUUAUCAAGUUUGGGUCAGGGUGUGGAUUAGUGUGGAGGAAAAGGUACUUGAUACACAUGAUGAGUGCUCUGAUGAGUGCUCUAAGUUAUUUCAACAUGUUGAAUGGCCCCUUGUAAAGCUAUUGUUCAACAGUUUUGCACGUUUUCAUGCAAUGUAAUCGGACUUAGGUGCCCCUUGAACUGUCCACAGAAUCAUUUGCAGCAGCGUCCCCCGUAACCCACUGCCAGGGUUGUGGCGAGGGGUCAGUGGACAUAGAGCACGAAAGGUCAGGGGAUAUCAGUUUGGUUUUCAGUCUUUGUACUUCUGCCAUUUCCAAAAAUGGGCUUAUAAUUUAAUGAAGGAGAAGAAGAAAGCGAGGAGAGUAGUAGUCUCCUUAGCAUUUAGGAAUGACACAGCCUCUGGGAUCUGCAAACUGAAGAAAGUUUAAUCUGAUCAUCACAGCCUCUAACAUCCAAAAUUAAGAGCCCGUAGGUCUGUGGAGGGGGUGAGAAGACUUUAUAUCGGGGUGGCACUCAUUCCCGCCGGAGUGGUGAGCCACCGUGAAUGCAGGAAGUGCACGUGGGACUGAGCCUUGCUCUGCGUUACCCGUCGCAGAGGCCCUGAGCCACAGACCAGCUUCGAAGUGAAGGCUCCACCCGUGUGUGAAGAAAGCUUCCUACCCCGUCGUCCCCUAAACUGAAAACCCAGCCAGCAGCGGGGGCCAGGCUCGGUGCAGGGCGACUCCCGCACAGCGUCACUCAGAUCGGUAAACUGGAAAUGGAGCUCUCACUCACCCUAGUACACUUUCUUAAAAAAUAGUCUAUGUGGUAUAAUCGAGAUGGUUACCUGUAUCUUUAAAUUAUGUAGGGAAUUUUGUAUGUUUAUAUAAUUGUUCUGGGUUCCACAAUGCCUAGCAUAGAAAAUGUUUAGUAAAAGAGAAUAUAUAAACUGUGCAUUUGUGAAUGCCCCCCUUAGAGCAUUCAUCCAAGUCCAGUGUGUGGUGUGAUGGGUACUAUAGACGUUUCAAGUAUAGUUAAGCGGUUGUGUGACAGGAGAGACUGCUACUUGCCUAGGGGCUCAAGGACAGCCCCUGCCCACCUAAUUCAACCAGUGUCAUCCUUUCCCGUCCUUUGAGCAGUUGCAGUACUGGUAGCUUCCUGCUUGUGACCGUUACCUAAUCGUGUCAAUGUACAUCUGUAGUAUGUACAUGUGAAAGUGCCUUUCUAUUUUAGUUUUAGCCUGGCUCUUCACUGUUGCCCCGCCCACCUCCGGCCUCUUCUGCCCCUCCCUAUCAACCCUCCCACCGCCCCCUAACCCCUCCCCCCGCAUAUUUGAAUAUUUGAGUGUUGAAACUUCCUCCGUUUUCUCCCAGCUUUUUCCAUCUCCACCUUCCUGUGCCUCUGGUGCUCAGUUUUGCCCCAUCUUGCAUCCUUGUCCGUCAUCACGCUCUGUUUUCCUGGGGCUGUGACCAGGCCUUCCCCACAGUAACUCUCCCCCGCGUCCUCCCCUCCGGCCCUCCCUCUCCGCCCACGUGCUGCUGCAUCCCUGGCCCUCGUGUUCUCCUUUGCGCUCUGGUCUGCCUCGCAUCGUUAUACUCCCUCGUCUCCGAGGUGAAAAUAAAGGGGGGUGCUUUUACAGUUCUAGGAGGAAAGAAAAGUUUUGUUACUCCGUUGUGACAGUGCACUUUUAUGUAUAGUACUGUACAUUUUGGCAUGUACCAUUCCAGGCUUCAGUAUACAGUCAGGUCUGUUCUUCACGGCGUAUCUUUAUAAUAAAUAAGGUAGUUCUGGCUGGCUUUG